ACACUAUUUUAGAGAUGCACUAAGAAUCCACAAUAAAUGACUGAAAAAAUAAGGAGGAGCAGGAAUCAGGAUGUCCAGGAUACAGCGAUCAAGAUUACUCCACGCAGCUCCAAGUACAAAAACCAGCACAGGAAACGGGAGCAGCAAACCUCUCUUCUGGACUUUGUCAUCAAGCCGAGACCAAAAACACAAAGGCAAACAAAGGCACAUAAACUUCAAAAGACACAUUUAGCCAUAACAAGAGGUAGCUACAUAGUUUACAAACCCAAGGGCAAAACCCGCCUUGAUCCCAAGAAGAAGAUCACCAGGUUGAAGAAGUCCGUACGUGUAUAUCGCACUUCAAAGAAGGCGGAGAGAGAAGUCGCAGAGAAUGAUCUUGAAGGAGUCCCAGUAGUUGGUCAAGAUAUCAAUCCGAAUGCUAUUCCGCUGGAGCAACAAGUUCAAAACCUAUCACUUAGUAAAACCCCUGCACCCAACAACCCUUCACAAGCAAAAACAGUACAUGCCAUUCACUCACGGCGAUUUAGAAGCUAUUGUGACAACUGCACCCGUCCUCGCCUCAAGGAGUUGUCCACUCAGUUGUUAAGGGACCUGGAUCGAUUUCAGAAGCGCGCCUUUGCCAAAAACGAGAUUAAAGCGCGUGCACAUCCCCGCCUGGUUUUGGGUGUUCGAGAAGCUCUGGCGAGGCUAAGGAUAAACAAGGUGAAAUUGUUGUUCCUGGCCACUGACUGCGAAAUCUGCCCCGGCGAAAGUGGUCUAGAUGCGACUAUAGAAGGCUUGAAAUUCCAAUGCCAGCAGCAACAAGUGCCCUAUUGCUUUCCUCUGCUGAGAAGGGAGCUUUCUUAUGCCCUCCAAAAGCGAGCGCAAAUUUGUUGCGUUGCUAUCCUUGACUUUGACGGAGCGAAUGCAACCUACGCAGAUCUUCUUAAUGAAAUAGAGGAUGCCCGUGCGGAGUACAAACGCAGAACUGCUUCGUGAGAGUUUAUUUCGUGACAAAUAAAUAUAAGUAAAAGUGCCAGGAGGACGUGCUCGAAACAUCGAAUAAAACAUUCAAG